AGCCACAUCCAAAAUUUCAGUGUUUGUGUUCUCAUCAUCGAUGAGUGUCGUCUGAACACAUGCGACAAACUUCGAAUUUUUCGUCGAGAUUAUUCUUUGAUCUGUAUAUUGACCGUAAGAGUCCGCUGGUUUUCGUCACAGACCUUGUGCGCUCGCAGUAUAUCGAUCGUCUGCCACCCUCGGGCCCCUCAGCGUAGUGGUUUGGUUUUCAGUAGUGAGGAAAUCUCACAGUUUUUCGGCAUGGCUGCCCCCGCAGCUUGUACCCGUUUCAGUGAUAACUAUGACCUCAAAGAAGAGCUGGGAAAAGGAGCUUUCUCGGUGGUGCGACGAUGUGUCCAAAAGUCCACCGGUCUCGAGUUUGCCGCCAAAAUUAUCAACACGAAGAAGUUGUCUGCCAGAGACUUUCAGAAGCUGGAGAGGGAAGCUCGCAUCUGCCGGAAAUUGCAACAUCCCAAUAUAGUGCGGUUACAUGACAGUAUACAGGAAGAACACUUUCACUACCUUGUAUUUGAUUUAGUUACUGGAGGGGAGCUUUUUGAGGAUAUUGUUGCCAGAGAAUUUUACAGUGAAGCUGAUGCAUCCCACUGCAUCCAACAGAUAUUGGAAAGUGUGCACCACUGUCAUUCUAAUGGGGUUGUGCACAGAGAUCUCAAGCCUGAAAAUUUACUCUUGGCUAGCAAAGCUAAGGGGGCUGCUGUAAAACUUGCAGAUUUUGGUCUUGCCAUUGAAGUUCCAGGCGACCAACAAGCUUGGUUUGGUUUUGCUGGAACUCCAGGAUAUUUAUCACCUGAAGUGUUAAAAAAGGAGCCCUACGGUAAACCUGUAGAUAUCUGGGCAUGUGGUGUGAUUCUGUAUAUUCUCUUAGUGGGAUACCCACCUUUUUGGGAUGAGGACCAACACCGCUUGUAUGCUCAAAUCAAAAUAGGGGCAUAUGAUUACCCUUCCCCAGAGUGGGACACUGUCACUGCAGAAGCAAAAAGCCUUAUCAAUGAAAUGUUGACUGUGAACCCAUCAAAACGAAUAACUGCCUCAGAGGCACUUAAGCACCCAUGGAUUUGUCAACGAGAGCGAGUGGCAUCUAUGGUUCACAGACAAGAGACUGUUGACUGUUUGAAGAAGUUCAAUGCAAGGCGCAAGCUAAAGGGCGCCAUUUUAACUACUAUGCUUGCCACUCGCAACUUUUCCAGUAAGUAUGAUGCACAUGGCCGAAGUAUCAUUACUAAAAAGGGAGAUGGUUCCCAAGUGAAGGAAUCAACUGACAGCAGCACGACUUUGGAGGACGAUGAUAUCAAAGAGGAUAAAGUUAAGGGAGGCGUAGACCGGAGUUCGACCGUAAUUGCUAAAGAUCCAGAAGGAUACCUUCCCAAACAACAAACCGUUCUCUUCAAGUCUGAGACUCCCCUGAAAUUGAACGACCCUACAUGUUUUAGUUGCAAUGGAAGUGAUUCAUCUGAAGAUCUGGAGAACUCACAUUACAUCCCCCUCACUGGAGAAUCGGAUGAAGCUGAUGAAAUAAGGAUUGUGUGCCCAAACAAGACAUGUUCGCAGCUCUCAACAAGUUCCUAUGGCUCAGCUCGAAAGCAAGAGAUUAUAAAGAUGACAGAGCAGUUGAUUGAGGCAAUUAAUACUGGAGAGUAUGAAGCAUAUACGAAAAUUUGUGAUCCUCACCUUACUGCAUUUGAGCCUGAAGCGCUCGGUAAUUUAGUUGAAGGGAUGGAUUUCCACAAAUUUUACUUCGACAAUGUAUUAGGUAAAAACUGCAAGGCACUGAAUACAACCAUCUUGAAUCCUCAUGUGCAUCUAAUGGGGGAUGAGGCUGCUUGUAUUGCUUAUGUUCGUCUCACUCAGUACAUGGACAAGCAGGGGCAAGCACACACUCAUCAAUCUGAGGAAACACGUGUGUGGCACAAGCGUGAUAACAAGUGGCAAAACGUUCAUUUUCAUCGAUCAAGUGUGACCCCACCUUUUGCCAUGAAAUAGAUUUUUAUUAUCUAAAUGGUGGCAACAUUUGUCACUAGAAAAUCUUUAAUCAACACUUGGAACUUUGCUGAAAUCCAGCCUAAGUGUGUCAUGCCAAGAAAAGCACUAUGUUCUGUUCUACUUCUUGUUGACAUACAAAGGAUCUCUUGGGUUGAACAAUGAUUUAAUUAAUUUACCUGCUUGUUCACCAGCCUAGUCACUUGACCCACUUGCCAUGGACUUUUCAGUAUUCUUGUAAUGUAGGGUGUGACGGGUAAAAGUUAAACUGCCCAUAAUUUGGGAAGUGUCUUGUGUUUUUCAUCCUUGUUUUUUCAUGCUGUUAUACAUGCAAUAUAACAUGUGAGUUCUUUUACUUAAUGAAAUGAUUGUCAGAUUGUGCUGAGCACAUUUUGUGUGGGGAUGCUUCUCCCAGUUGCAUCUUAUGAACACCCAUUAGUUGAGCAUUUGUAUUAUAAAGAGUGUUAUAUUCAAGUUUUUUCGCCAUUGUUUUUCAUUGUGCUUUUAUUGAGAUUUUUGUGAUAUGACAUUGUUUUAAACUAUUUCAACGAAUCAUUUUAUAUACUGUAGUUUCAUGUUACUUUUAAUUGUGUGAAGGUGUACUUAAUGGGCGUUUGUUAAAGAAGCCUUUGCCCCAGCACCUGUUAUGGAACCUGUUUUGCUUCUGUUCACAAGGCUAUUUGAAGUACAAUUUGAUUGUUUCUAUUAUUAUUUUUUUUAUACCCUUGUUAGAAUAUAGCUAGGGACUGCAGCACGAUUUAGUACCACCAAUUUGUCUUACCUUAAUCUAAAACAGUUUCUAUUGAAAAAAAAUCCAGAUAUCCCCAUUUAGGCAAAUAAUUUUCUAAUUAUCAGAAGCAUGCAUAACUUUCAAGAUUGAGAAAGUAUAAUUUCAUUCUGUAAUGGAUACCAUACAUCCCUUGAAAUAAGCAGAAAAAUGCACUUGUCAAAGAAAGACCCCUUAGGCUUGUGUUAAGUCCUUAACCACCUACCUAAUAUUUCUUAAAGCAAAGUCUCUAAGAGUCUUCUGUAUUACUUUGUUUUCUGAAGUAAGUAAUAAUACCCAUUGGCUUGGGCGAUUGUACUUUACCUCUGUACUAAUUUUCAUGGAAUGAAACUAAAAUUGCCGCAAAUCAAAGACUGAGAUUGGAUGCAAUGGGAGACAUUUUGGAGAGAAGAAAUGGAGUUGCAGUCCCUGAUAAUAGUUAGGAUGAUGAAAUAAGCUGGUUACUGGAGCUCAGACUGUAUGGCAGUCCUAAUUUGGUAGUUUUACUGUUAUGUCAGGAACCCAAAACUCUACUUUCCCAAUUGUUAAAUAUUUAAAGUGUGUGAUAAAGCUAAAAAAGGAAAAAAAAAACUGUCAAAAAAAAAAAAAAAUGAUCAUGUAUGUUCACCAUUUUUUCUCAACUCUCACCCUUACAGGGUAUGCUACUUUUCCUGACACUUUCUUGAGGUUUCUUGUUUUUUCUCAGUUAAUGCAUGGACCUGAACAUUUAUCAGGCUGCUUUCUAUUGUAUUUGUAGUUGGUUUCCCUGUUUUAAAAUUUAAACAUUAAUCCUACUGUUUCAUGAUAAAACUUCUUUUGCCUUUCAUUCACCUUAGACGUUUAACAGAUUUUGAAUUAACCACCAACAUACUUUUGAAUGAUAACCUUUUAUUUAUUUUGUUUACAUAUCUACAUUACUUUGUUUCCUCCAUGAUGUAAUAUCACUGAUGAGAGAAUUGUAGUGUUUGCCUAUGUGAUAUGUGUGUACAUGACAAAACAGCAUACAAGUUUGUGCAGUUCAGGAGCUCUAAUUUACAGAUACAAUGUUGCAUAGAUUAUUUGUUUCUAUUGUUUAGUUCUCUUAGUUUGCUCAUAUUCACGAGGAAGUGAUGUCACAAAGCUACACCUAAAAACUGAGCAUUGCAUAAACUUCUGAUUUUUAAUCAACCUUUUGACUGUGUUUAAGGAUCAAUGUGAAUAAUCAUGGGACUUAGUGCUGGUUGUCUUCCCAAGCAACAGCCAUUAGUUACUCCAAAAUACAUGCUGAAGUUUCCUAUUUGGGCAGUAAAACUGUUCAAUCAGUUUACAAUUAGCAAUGUCGAUUUGACUGAUAACCCAACGACUCAAGAUAAGUGUAUUGUAACGACUGCAAGUAAUGAACUGCAACUCUUCUGUGUUGCAUUCUGUUCCCACUAGUCGUUAAUGUGUCUAAUAUUUUCCACAAUGAUUCUACAAUAUGUAGUAGAGUUUGAAAAUCGUCUGUAGGUGUCUUUUUCUUAUUCGCUAGUACUUACCUCUUUUUAUUCCAGUAUCCUGAGCGUUGAAUGCGUUUUGGUCUGGUUUUUUGUGGCUCUUGGAGAGUGUCAUGCAAUGCUGUGUACAACUAUUUAUAAUAUAUCCAUGUUCCCAAAUUUAUGUGGUUGUUAUUCAAAUUGUAACUGUUAAAACAGUCAACAAGUUUCUUAUUAUCUAAGCAUGUAAGGUAUUGUGCUGUUAAAGACUUCAAGUUUUACUUACAAGUUUUAAUAUUGUAUUAUAUUGUAAAUCAAAACAAAACUACAAAUCAUAAAAAGGUAUUGUCCUUAAUAAUAUUUUAGAAGGUUCAGAAACAAUUUGCUGAGCUAUUUAAAUUCUAGCAAUUUGCUAAAAAAAAAACUAACUAAAAAUUAAAUCCCUUAAAAUUUUUCAAUGGUUAUCUCUCUUGUUUUGAAAUUUCCAUGUAAGCAUAAUUACAGGAGCUGUUCCAUUUUAUAAAUUCUUGUGCUUUGUGUGCUUUGUAAACAAUUCUGCUUCAUUUUAGUUUGAAAUAAUGCAUCAGUAUCAAGUAAAGUAUUGAACUUCAGAUUGUACUUAACUUAAUUUUUCCCUGGUUUCUGAAAUUUGGAUGUAUUUGCACAUAAUUUUAGGUAAUAAGCUAUGUGACAUAGCUGUUAACAUUUCCUUUUUUAUGUGGUGUUGUACUGCAAACCUUUUGAGGGAUGUUAAUGGUGUUGUGAGGUUUAGGAAAAUGAUGGAAUGCCUCUGGCCAAAGGGUUGAUGCUGUGGUUAGCUUUAUGACAGAAAAUUAUCUUCCCUCACAUAGUUCCAAUUUUACUUACCACAGCAUUGGAAUGUAUGAGCCUCAACAAAUUCCAAAGAGCACAAGUAUGAGUAUGCUUUCUCUCUGAACAAUUAAACAUUCCUUGCGAGAUAAUGUUGAUUUUUCAGUGGACAUGACCUCCUAUUCUAAAAUUUGUUAUUGAGCCAAUUUACUCUUCCAACGAAAACCAGUAUCAAAGUGUCAAAUUGAAUUUUAUUUUAACUGAGCCAGUUUCACUUAGGGAAGAUUACUGCCCUACUCUACGCUCUAGCUACACAAUUCAGAGAGAUUUAUUUCGUCUCAUGUCUAAGUUAAUUUGUAGAGUAUUUAUUACAAAAUUUAAUUGUUAAUCUUCUCACUUAUCCAAUCAAAGUCAGGUAUGAUCACAAAAUUGUAUCAGAUAUUUGAAUCAAUAAACGAACUGUGUAACAAAACAUAAAAAUUGUGAUUAUUACAGUGAAUUUAAUUCUGAAUCAACAUUACUAUCAUCUCUAAAAUAUUCAGUUCUCAUUUCCUUGAACUGUGAUCUCAAGGUUAGCAGCAUUUUAAAAUCUGAUUGUUUUGUGUAAGUGUAUAUGUUAAUUUUGGAUCAGUUCUAAUUUUUGAACAUUUUAUUCUUAGAUCUAUCUCGCAAGUGACAGCUGAGAGCUCAUGUCAUGCUGAGGCCUUUUCCAUCAGAUAUAAUUUUAGUGGAAAACAACUUUCUGAUAGUUUCAUUCUCCCUCUCAGAAAGUAUACAUUGCGACGUAAAACAUAAUUAAAUUCUCUGAUCUCACAACUUCCCUUUCUUUGCUGUAAUCCUAAACUAUAAUAGACAUAUGUGCAAGAUGAAUACUAAUUGUAAUGCAACAAUGUGUUUGUAGAUUGUAUAUGUUGGACUCAGACUUGACGUGAGCCAAUUGAACUUCAACUCCUACUUUUUAAGUUUGCGUUUGAAAUUCAGCUCUUUUUCAAAUCGAUAGGAAGAUGCUUGAGCUGUCUGGCUGUCCUUGCUGUCAAAAGUGUUGUUAAAACUCUCUAAAUAGAACUUCUUGCCAAAGGUAAUACAUUUCUAUCAAUUUUUCUGACGCUUAUAUUAAACAGAAGCAUUUAUAUAUUAAAUUUGGGGCAAGUAUUUCUUCAAGCUAUGGAUACCUUGCAUCCGUAAGCUUCUGGCACAAAACCACAUAAGCCAUAGAGUAAUGGAGCUCAUUCAAGGUUAUUGUUCGUUAUGUAAUGAAUCAUGUAAUGGUUAUUUCUCUUUUUUAUUAUGCAAUGCGUUUUAAUAAAUGUUACAAUUGUUACCUUUCAAAUUUCAUUAUUUACAUAUUUGAGUAAUGGUUUGAAAAUAUGUGAUGUGUGUAGUGGUGACAUGUCUCUGACAUUGCCACACCAAAUGUGCACAUUUUGCUGUCCUUUCUUUUUAAAAAUGUGCCCAGACCCUUCUCAGCUAACUUUUUUUAAAUUAUUAGCUUCUUCUUUUUGCAUAUGUGUGUAGCUUUUAUUGAACUUCAGAGAAAACAAACUGAUGAUCCUGUUAUUGGUAUAAAAUAAGAUCUAAAUAAGAUGUUUAUUGUCGCUCUCUUUAUCCAGUCACAUAUAUUUUAUUUAUAUCAAAGCAUAAGCCAGUUACUUUUCUGUUCAUUUAACUCUAGCCAUUUUACAACAGUUAAGAUAACUUUCAGCUGUUUGCUGAGAGGGUAUAUCAUUAUCUGCAUGAGCUGAUGCUACCUGCUCUGGUAGAUUUUAAUGUUUUAGAUGUGAUUCACUCCCAUAUGAUCAUGUUUGUGAUUUCUUUCCCUUUUUUCCCUCUUGAUUUUCAGUUAAAUGAUUGGCUGGCCUAAUUGUUAAUACAAAUUUCAUUUGAAUACACUGAAUUUCGCGGUGUA